AUGCCGCGCAUACGGGUAUUGGUCAUUUUGGCCUGCUGCUGCUGCCUUUUGGCCAACUGCCGGGCGGAGGAUAUUGCGGCGGUGUCCGCCAAGGUCGCCGACAAGGUCGAGGACGCAGCCACUACCAAGUUGACCCCGAGUGUAGUCGAGGACUCGAAGAGCAAGACGGAAAAACGCGACUCUUCGGACCAAACAGGUUCGCCGUUCGCGGGUUUGUUGUCGAGCAGAGAGUCGCCAUUUAGGCCGAUUUACCACCCAACCAGCGGCCAUUUCGAGGCGGAGACGCCGACGCCCAUCUUUGGACCCACCACGCUGCGAUACACGGCAGCUGAGGCGGCAGUUGCACCACCGGCACCACCGUCGCCACCGCCGCUGCCACCACAGAAGCACCGCUUCAGCUUCGCAGUGCCGCCGCAAGUGGAGCCCUUUCAGCGGCAAGUGGCAUUCAAGCAGCCGCCGCCGCCGCAGUUGCAGUUGCAGCUGCAACCACAACCGAUUUUCAAUUACGGCGAACUUGAGCCGGAAACGGGUGCCACAUACGCCGCACCACUGACCCAUCAGCAACACCAUCCGCAGCAGCAACAGCAGCAGCCGCAGCAAGUGGCGCAUCAAGCGAAGUACUUGCAACAGCCGCAGCAGAAGCAGCGAAUUCAGUACAUAAUUGCCAUUCCGCUGUCGUACAUGCGGCAGUUGCAACAACAGCAGCAACAGCAGCAGCAACAGCAGCAGCAGCAGCACCAACUGCUGCUGGCACCACCCACCACUAGUGCUGGUGGCAGCACAGCCAGCGCUGCACCACCCGGUGGCAGGCAUUCGUCGGUGGUGCAAGUGUUGGGUCCCUUGGCCCGCGAUCAUCAGGGUCAAUACAAGCCGUAUUACCAAUCGGAUGCGGCAAGUGCACCACUCGCUGGGCCCACUGCACCACUGAUCCACCAGCCGUACCUGCAGAUACCCACCACUUUGCUCAUGGCCACCGCCCAGCAAAUCCAGCAGCACCACCAACAGCAACAGCAGCAGCAACAGCAACAGCAGCAGCAGCAGCAACAAGCGGUUUACGCCAAGGUCGCUGGCACACCGACCGCACCACCCACCUACCAGCCCACCCAGCUAGUCUACCAGCCAGUCGCCGCCCCACAGGCGCACCACCACCAGCCGCAGAUCCAGCUGCAACUGCAGCGCAUCUUCCUGCAGCCGCCGCAUCCGCAGCAGUCCACCAUUUACGCCGAGCAGCCGGGUCCGCUUUAUGCGUAUCCACUGCAGCAGCAACACCAACACCAGCAGCAACAGCAACAGCAACAGCAGCAAUACCAGAAGCCGCAGCAGCAACAGUCCUUGAAACACUCGCAGCAGCAGCACCAACAACUGCAACAGCAGCAACACAAAUACUCGCCAGUUGCGCCGACAGCGGCGACAACAUCAACAUCAUCAUCAACAACAACAACGACAACGAGCACGGCGGCAACAUCGCAGGCAGCUGCAACGGCAACACGUCACCAGCACUUGCCGGUGGUGCACUAUAAUCCCAUUUACGUGCAGGCGCCACCCGACCAACAACAGCAGCACCAUCUGCAGCAGCAACAGCAACAGCAGCAACAGCAACAUCAGUUCGCCAUAUUGCCACGUUUUAGCAACAAUAACCCGAGCAAGCUGCACGAAUCGGCGGCGUCUCCCAUUCACGUGGUCAGAUUGUCGCCGGCGAAUGGUCCGCCGAUCCAUCACUACCAUCAUUACCAGCCGGCGUCGCUGUUGCAGCCGCUGUACACCCAGGCAGCUCCCGUCUCCCUUUCCGUUUCCGGUUCGGGUUUGGGUUCGAGCUUGAGCUCGGGAUCGAGCAACCUUAUAACGGGGCCAACACCCCAGCCACUGAUGACCGCAGCUGCGCCGGCCAUCAUUCCGUACUUCAGCCAUCCGGGCGCCGUGCAUUAUGGCACGCACUUGUACCAGCCGGGAGCAGCAACGGCCCUGGGUGCAACAGCAACAUCUGGACUGGGUGGAGCAACAGGGGGAGGAGUUGCCGUUGCAGGAGGAGCGGCAGGAGCAGCAGCAACAGGACAUAGGGUGGCAGGAGCAAGGCAACAGGCGACCGCAACAAGUGGGGGACAGCUGCCAGGUGACGGCAACAAUAUUGUGAAAUAUCCCUAA